AUGUGGGAGCCUGCAGAGGCGACGUCGAUUUGGGUCGAAAUAAUAACUAGGAGGAAAAUAGAGCUGCAGGCGCAGCUCGAAGAGGAAGGCGAGCUGGAUAAUGAGGUCUUGCUAGCGGCGGGCAGCGACUACAUACGGUCCGACAUUUAUGACUGGGACGCCAGUGCUCGAGCUUGGCUUCGUGCUGCCGAUGUCGUUAUGGGCAGGCAGCAGAUCCAACUACGGCUCAUCGUUGAUAAUCUCGACAUAGCAGUGAAUAUGAAGCCAGACACAUACGCCAGUCAUAGAAGCUUGGGCCUCAGAAAUGACCCAAAUGGAGAAUCUGCUGAUGGGCGUUCCUCUUCAGGUUCACGGUGGAGAUAUUCUUCUUGGAUUGUUAUCUUGGCACUUAUACCCAGAUAUGCUGCAUCUUUCCAGUAAAGAUCAGAAGAUCAAUCAGGAGGAUCCUUUGAUGAAGGGUCGAGGCAUCUUGACGUUGGGCUUAGAGCCAUCUCCGAAGAGAGACCAGGAUUGCAAAUCAGUCUACUGGGCGCUUCCCCUGGCUCAUUUGCGAUAUUAUGGCUUGCCGGUUACACGUAUGAGAACUUCCCGGAUGUCCGAUCAAGAUCGAUUGACGGUUGACGAAAUGCUCUGGGCUAUGUUAUCUGCCUACAUACUUCAAUGGGAUAACGGCAGUGCUGCAACUGGGGAGCUACUUCAAUAUUUCAGUGAUGUUUCUAUCGAGCUUCACUGGGCCAUUGGGUACGAAUGUUCCAAAAGCUCUAGCUACGAAGGCCAGAUACAUUGGAAAGCCGAUAAAUGGGUGCAUGAAGUUAAUUCUUGGCUGACAAUGUUUUCGCGCAUUUCCCUCUUAUUUAAAGACCGCUUAAGAGAGGAGAGAGUGAGAAAGCUCAGAAACAUGGGUCAAAGAUGUUACCCGGCGUCCUUUGUCCCAUUUCAGGGUAUAUUUCGGAUCCAAACGUUCCUAGAGACAGCAAGACGUGUCGAGGAUAAGAUCGAGUUACUCAGAGAGGUAGCAUCAUCAAUUGCGGGCCAGUCAUCGUCUAUUGACAAUGAGUACGAGUUUCUGAUUAUCUACAAGAAAGAGUACUUCGAUCCUGAAGCCAGGGUGUUUUCGUCAGCAUACGAGUAUGCCACUGCUUGUCCAGAUUAUGCGGUAGUAAACGAUGGGUUAAAAAUCGAUGGCCCCCGUCAGCACAGGAGAUGGAUUUCACCUCACGAAUCAGACCAGAUGUUGACUGCACGCUUGGGACAAAUUCGUUCAGAUGGAGAGAUGGCCGAGGUCAUUGGUCCCUCCCUCUACCCCGUCUUUCAGUGUGUUGCGAAUCGGCGGGCCCGAAAGUCAGAAAAAGAUGUCAAAGUUCCACAUUCCUCGCACGGGAGAUUGAAACUAUAUUCAAUUGAGCCAGAUCUCGCCGCUCAGUUUGGUCCCAAAGGAACAUGUUAAUCUCGAGCUUAUAAAGUCUUGUAUGGGAAUAUAGCAAGUGUUGCGCUUCUGUGUCAAGGCAGCAAGCCGGACCAGCCCAUCAUCCACCAAGAACAUGAAUCGCUCAAAGAUACCAAGUCUCAUGCACCAAAAUACCAACUCAAAACAGCCACCAUUAUGAAAUUCUUUCGGCCAGAAAAGGUCAGAUUCGAAGCGUUGUGGAGGAUGCUGAAGCUGAAUACUCCAGAGCAUGAUGUGAUUCUGGGUAUGACAUUGGUGGACAGUCUCUACAAGACUUUACCCAACGCCACUGUCGACGUCCGGGUGAUCCAACUAGGCUUCGAGAAGGCCCACUGGAUCCGUUCGAUGCUCUCGCCACAGCCUGCUGCUUUCACCAGCAGGAGAACAUUCGCCUCCUAUCGAUUGCCUAGAUAUGGCUCGCAUCAUCUCACAAGCUCCGUGUGCUUUGCUUGCAUCGCCAUGAUGGAAACUGGCUCGUACAAUCUGUGUCCAGAAGAUUUGGAGAACGUCUUUGCUCUAUCCUCGGCCGAUUCGCUGUAUAUAUCGUCAGCCGUUCUCCAGGAUCCGGCAACCAACACGUCCAGCGCCCCGAUCCAGAGGCUAGCAGGAAACAUUGGCCGAGCAGGAGUUGCCUUUCUUGUCCCUCCUGUGGACCCCGAAACAAAAUCAUAUGACAGCAUUGAUGAGUGGUAUUGCCUUGACCACAAAGAAUUCGACGGGGUCGUGGACGACUGCUUCCAGGGUACAAGCCUGCAUCUUUCGUUUUCAGAGGCUUGCCAGCCGCUCAAUGUCCAAUUCUCAGGAAACAGGGAUGUCGGGGCUUAUUUUAUUGAAGCGCUUGUCUCCGUAUAUGAUCGCGGCAAAUGGGUCUCCGAGCUUGAUAUUCUCGGGUCUUUGCGCAAUCGCAGGAUCCUGCGAGAUUAUCUACACUCCGACCCGUGUCAAUGUAGCCCAGUCCAGCCACUCGGAGCCAGGAUCAUUUCCAUUGACAACUAUGCUGAAAUGGUUGUCCCGCCAAAAGCUCCGGGUAUUGUCCGAGCAAAAGGAAACUGGCAGGCUCGAUUAGUCGCGGCCGCUAUCUGCAUAGCGAAAGGUUACCGUGUCAUCUUGAAGUCCGAAAAGACGUGUUGGAAUUGUUCUUAUAAGUUGAGUAUGAACGGUCGUUCUGUGCAAGAAGCAUUAAAAGAAACGAAACAAGGAGCUAUCAUAGUUUUGUAUUGCACUUGUAUAAUAAGUUCACCUUUUUUUGAUUCGGUUUCACAAAGAUAGUGAUUUAAGCCAGAAGAGAAUGGGGGCUGGGCUGAAUUGAUGUAAUCAUCUGUAACAGAUUUUAUCGUGAAAUAUGUUACCAUGGGAGACGUCACGGUUGAUGAACCAGCAAUCAUUGAUACGAAGUGUAGGGUAAGCUAGAUGAUCAGGAUGGCCUGGCUUACUAA